CUCUCUCAGUAGUAACAUUUGUAACAAUCUGAGAGCACACCUCCACUCCAAACUGGCAUGCACUAACUGCUGUCCCGCUGCGGCUUCCGUAGCUUACAGUGGAGUUAAAAUGGCUGCUCCUGUUGACAACGAUUUGAUUGAAAGCGAUUUGCCCAAAGCUGUGCAGCUGCUGAAUAAUCUCACAGAACAGGUGGCCUCGGUGACAAGUCAUGUCCGUGAGCUGUUGACUAAAGCCAAAGAUGGAGCAUUUAAGACGUCGAAGGGUUUGUCUUUCUUGGACCUUCGGUACCACCUGCUGCUCUUCUACCUCCAGGACCUCACUCACCUGAUCAGCAUCAAGACAGAAGGAGGCAAAAUAAAAGACAGUGAUGCCUUAACCCGAGUGGUCACAGUCAGAACGAUCCUGGAGAAGAUGCGACCCCUAGACCACAAACUUAAGUACCAGAUUGAUAAACUGGUGCGCACAGCUGUUACUGGCAGUUUAGCUGAAAAUGACCCGCUGCAGCUGCGUCCUAAUCCAGAGAAUCUCAUCAGCAAACUGAGUGAAUCCGAGUCUGAAGAUGAAAUGGAGAACAAGGCAGCUUCAGAGAAGAAAGCAGCCCACUCUAGUGGCAAGAAAUAUGUACCACCAAAGAUUGCCCCGGUGCAUUAUGAUGGUGACAUGACAGAGGCAGACAAGAAGGCAGCACAAGUGGAGCGUCAUCGACGAGCAGCUCUCCGAAGUUCUGUGAUCCAGGAGCUGAGACAGCAGUACAGCGACGCCCCGGAGGAGAUCAGAGACAAACGGGACUUCCAGAGCGAGCGGGAGAGCCGCGAGGAGCUCCACAGGAAGAACUAUGAGGAGUCGAUGAUGGUGCGUCUCAAUGUGCCAAAGCAUCAGAGGAAUGCGAGAAAGAGAGGCAUGAUGUCCAUGUCCAACCAGCUGAGCAGCAUAACGCGCUUUGGUGACAUCACAGCUCUGACUGGCGGCGAGGCCGAGCAGGGUGGGGAUAACCCGCGACCUAAGAGAAAGAAGAAACUCAUGAAGAAGAAUACCAAAAGAAAAGCGUUCAAGAAGCACAGAUAGACCUGGAGCGUACCCCUCGCUGUAAGAAGACUGAAAAAAAUGAAGAGGACUUCUUACAAAGUAUCUGUAAACAGUGUAUUAAAGUAAAACAAUUCCUCAUGAGCUCCUCUGGCUUACAGUGAAUGUCACCUUUUAAAUAAACAUUUAUAUGGACUCUUUCAA